AUGAUGAUGAUGAUGCGCCGUGUGAUGUGUGUGUUGGCCGUUGUGCUGUGCUGCACCUGCGGGUGUACCAUGACGGCUGCUGCUGCUGUUGAUAAUGACAGUCCCAGUGGCCGUGGUGUAUCCCGUGGGGCUGUGGAGGUGUCGUGCGGGGCCGGCGGUGCGCUGCGUGUACGCCCCGCUGCUGCGAGCGAGUGGCUUACAUGCGGUGCGGGCAGCCGUGUGUCUGCAUGUGGAAACUACGCAGAUGUGUGCCGCCAGCGUACCGCAAGAACAGCAAGAACAACAACCAUUGCUACUACAACUACUGGACAACCAAAGGCGGUGAUGGCUUUUAUGGGUAGUUGGGAUGAUAAAUCUUUUGACGCUGACCGUAUUUUUGAGUAUAGUGAAUGGAAAAAAGCGGAAGAUAGGCAUGCGUUGUCGAACCCAACAAAAGCUCUUACGCACACAAAGGCAAAAAAACUACUAGACGAAAUAAAGAAAGAAGAACUCGAAAAGAAGAAGCAAGAGGAACUAAAACAGCAACGUGAAAGGGAGGCACGAAAUCAGCAGCAGUUAAGUGAAGCACGGGAAAAGGCUGUGCAAACACAAGAAUUACAAGCUGGCGCAGAAGGUCUGGUUGCAGGGAGUGGGACUCUAGCUGCUACAGGAAAACAGGCAACAGCAGUAACAACUAAUGGCACACAAACAUCUGAAGACAUUGGUUCCAAAAAAACCUUACCACAAACUGAGGCUAAAACAGCCCCAGAUAACAGUACUGUUAAUCAUUUUGAUGCUUCGCAGAAUCCUUCUCCAGCAGCGGAGAGUGCUGCACCCAGUGAUGGUAAUUCCGGUAACCAUUCUACUGCAACUCCAGGUACGACUGCAGUGUCAGGCUCAGAAGAAACAAAUACUACUAUUCCGUCAAGCACCGAGAAUACUGUCAGUGAAGAAUCAACCGCGACUCCUCCUCGUGACUCUAAUCUUACCCAGCAAUCUACUGCAACUGAUGAUGUAACUGCCGCACCAGACGCAGAAGAAACCAAUCCCACUACUCCGACGAACCCCGAGAACACUACCACAGAAGCAUCAACCACCACUCCAUCUCCUGUACCUGUUCCCGUAACUAACCCACAGAUCAGCAGCAUUGCUUCCGCAGUGCAGAAGAAGGCUAAUGCUGACAGCAGCAGUAUCAGUCCUCUGUGGAUGCGCACUGCAGCACCACUGUUGAUUGUGGCUGUGUUGUUCUCCUUUACUGUGUACUGA